CUUUGAGAUUAUACGCGAAAUUUUACUACGUCAUCUUCCUUUUUCAGGCGGCCAUAUUAGAGACCUCGUGGGUCUUACAGUUAUACACAAGAUUCAAGAUGAAUCCAGAAAAACUAAAGCAGUUGCAAGAACAAGUUCGUAUAGGCGGAAAGGGAACUGCAAGGAGGAAGAAGAAGGUCGUACACAGAACUGCCACAACAGACGACAAAAAACUACAGAGUUCUCUCAAAAAACUGUCAGUGAACAACAUUCCUGGCAUUGAAGAGGUUAAUAUGAUUAAAGAAGAUGGUACUGUGAUCCACUUUAACAAUCCAAAAGUACAGGCCUCAUUGGCAGCAAAUACUUUUGCCAUUACCGGACAGGCUGAGAACAAACAGAUUGCAGAAAUGUUACCAGGAAUCUUAAACCAACUAGGUGCCGAGAGCUUCAGCAGCCUAAAGAAAUUGGCCUCAACUGUCGCUGCAUCCGGUGACAACAAACAGUCCACAGAUGACAUUGAUGAAGAUGACGAUGGAGUCCCAGAAUUAGUGGAAAACUUUGAUGAAACAUCAAAAGGAGAGUGAAGGGGAUGUGACAAAAUUUCAUAAUUAGUGCAUGUACGUUUGUCGGUUUGUGAUAUUUAACUAUCGCGUGUGAAGAGAAGUGUAUGUUUCCCAGCUGUUAUAUUUGAAGAAAAGGCCGUUAAUAUUCUGUAUAACUCCAUAAACUAUACAAACGAGGACAAAAUAUCCUGAAAAAUAAGCAACUGCCAUUAUAAAUAUUUCAUAAUAUGAUCAAGGGUACUUGGACAUUAGAUGACUUAGAUUUGUUGGCCCUUAUAUGCUAUGUAUUUAUUUCAUCUUUUAUUCAAGUGCUUAAACCAAAUAAACACACAAAUUUUCUUUACAA